AUGAGAGGAGGAAAACUGGUGCUUCCUGCAGUGCUGCUGUCUGUGAUGAGUUUAUUACCACUUCAGAUUUCAUUUGGACAGCACAUGGCUGAGGACUCCUGUACCGUUCAGAUUCUUGUCCCUGGACUCAAAGGAGAACCAGGAGACAAAGGACAAAAAGGAGCACCUGGACGACCAGGGAGAGUUGGUCCUCCAGGAGAGAUUGGGCAACCUGGGCUUCAAGGACAGAAAGGCAUUAUGGGACGUCAUGGGAAAGUUGGCCCAAGUGGAUUUAAAGGAUUUAAAGGAGACAUGGGCGAGCCAGGCCCAAGUGGUCCUAAUGGAGAACCAGGCGUGCCAUGCGAGUGCACAUCAAUAAGAAAGAUGAUUGGAGAAAUGGACAUUCUGGUGUCGCAACUGUCCUCCGAGCUGAAAUUCAUCAAAAAUGCUGUUGCCGGCAUGAAGGAGACGGAGAGUAAGGUCUAUCUGCUGGUGAAGGAAGCGAAGCGCUACGCCGACGCCGAGGUCCACUGUCAGUCGAGGGGGGGGCACCUGGCCAUGCCAAAGGACGACGGCGCCAACGCAGCCGUUGCGGGAUGUAUAACCGACGCAGGCCUGAGCAGAGUUUACAUUGGAAUUCACGACCUUGACCACGAAGGGAAAUUCACCUACGUGGAUCGCUCCCCCAUGACCACCUUCAGCAAAUGGAAAAAAGGGGAGCCCAACAACGCGUACGACGACGAGGACUGUGCCGAGAUGGUGGCCUCCGGGGAGUGGACAGAUGUGGCGUGCCAUCCCACCAUGUAUUUCGUUUGUGAGUUCGACAAAGACGCUAUUUGA